ACAGCCGACACCAGAGUGUUCGCGGCUCCGCUUCAGAGUCAGGGUCAAUCAGCAGAAUCCGCAGCUGCGGGAUGUCUGCAGCGGGAGAAGCCUGUGAUGUGGAGUACAGCCUCGCGGAGGAGAAGGACCUCCAGCAGGUCCUGGACAUCUGCAGCUGUGACGACUACAACGGGUUGGACUACAUGGCUGCGUUCUUCCACCGCUGGCUGCAGGAGCCCGGACGCCUCGUCUUCAUCGCUCGGAUGAACAACAGAGUGGUGGCGCUGGAGUCCACGCUGCUCGUGGACGGAGGUCGGACGGUCGUGUUGCAGGGUUUCAGGGUGGUAGCUGAUUUGAGAGGCAGCGGCGUCGCCGCUGCACUGAAGAGGCACGUGACCGGCUACGUCCGCCACCACUACCCAGAAGUCUCUGCUUUCAGGCUGAGCUGAGGGGACCAGCCUUCGCCACGACAACUGGCCAUGUACCGAGUCAUUGCUAAAGAGGCCAUCUUGUCUCUGUGUUGCGAGGCUGCCCACCUCGGCCUCUUCAUCGCUGAGCUCAGGUCCAGACUCUCCCGCCAGGCUGACGCCUCCACCGGCGGUCCCGUUGUGCUGACCCAGCAGCAGGCGGAGACCCUGAUCCUCAGCGACCAUGUGGUCUCCAACCUGCUGCCCGGCAAAACCAUCAUCGAUGACUGGGAGCCCCUGAGGCCCGUGGAGGCCAAUCUGGAGGUGCUGCGCCGCAGGGGGCCGAUGUGGAUGGCGGACCGCGUGUUGGAGCCCACCGUUGUCAGCCUGUGCAGCCCGCCGUACGCCGUCCCCUACCGGCAUGCCCUGCGCAUCAACGUCAAUGUUUUUGGCCACAGUUUGGCCUCGGUCUGCGCCGUGUUCCUGGCUCAGCUUGAAGCUUUGCUGCCAAGUCUCCGAGGGUAUCUGGUCCUCUGCGUCUUUGUGGACCCUGCGGUCUGGUCCGGGUUACGUCAGUUCUGCCAGAAUAAAGCCAACGUGUCGUUUUUUCGGGACUACUGGGAGGAGAUCGUACUGGAGACAGACGUCUGAAUAUCCUCAGCGACGAAAUUAGGCUGAUCUUUAGGCCGGCAGGGUGUCCAGGGGGUUUUGGAAGUUCUUGCUGUGGUUUCUAACGGUCUCCAAUGAGUGCCAUGCGUUUGGAAUAAAUGGCUGAUCUUCCUGUGUA